ACGUGUAUUGUCAAUAAAAUAAAAUUUUUGUUAUUGAAUAACCAAGAACACAUAUCUAGACUAGAGAUAUUAGAUGUAGAUCUAGACUAUAUAUAGAUUUCUAGAUCAAAUUCUAAUCGUCUAGACUAGUCCGUCUAUUCCAACUCUAUAAAUUUGACUAAACUAAAGAUUCACUAGUCUAGAUUCUAUAUACAUAUUUAGUCACUAAUCUGUAAUCACUUCAGACUUCAGCAGAUCAUCUAUAUGAUCUAAUCUAUUAAUUAUAAUUAAUUCAAGACCAAGUUUUCAAGUCUAUUAAUAUUACUAUUGACAAUUGAUCUAAUUAUUCUAAUAAACUAGUUAGUAUUAUAAAUUAAAUAUAAAGCUAAAGUGGCAAAGUCUUCUACUCACUUACUACACUGAUCUAGUCACGCCAGAUUCUUGAGUGUCACGGCUGACAGCACAGUGUCAGUGACAGUCAUUAGGGAAACAAUUACAUAACCUUUUCAAAAAAUGGGAACUACAAGUAGUAGUCUAAGUGAGCUGCCCAAUAAUGAGUAUUUAAAACAUCUUUCGAGCCAGCACCCUAUCGAUCCUAUGGAUCCAUUUUGGAAUCAAUUAUUGUCAUUUUCAUUUCAAAUACCAGUAAACAGCUCUGAUGCCAAAGUUUUAGAAGAGUCUACAGAAAUUAUAGCCAGAAAUUUUGCAUUAAACAAUUGCCACACUGGAAAUCUAAGGGCACUCAUUUAUAAUUUUCUAAUCAGAGCUUCAGAGUUGAAGGCCUCAGCACAGUGUGAAGAUAACAUAUUUAUUUGGCAGACGUACAAUGCCUUGUUUAUCAUACGAAGCCUUUGUAAAUAUUUUGUCGAACAUUUGAGUGAGGAGUUGCUGCUUCAUCAGUUUGACUGUCUUCCACCAAAACAAGAUGGCACCCCUGCUGAUGAUACAGCAGAGAUUGGAUCUCAGAUUGAAGAGUUUAUCAAUGCUCUGGUUGAACUUAUUGUAGAUGUUCCUGUUCUAAACUUCACAUAUGCCCUCCAUCUUGAAACACUCAACACUCUUAUGGUACUGUUGUCUAUUCAAAUGUAUCACAGCCAGCCUGCCAGUAACUUUGCUGUUUACAAGAUUCUCAUGCAAGGAAAAUGUGCCAUACAUGCCCCUCUCCUGAUAAAAGCUUUAAUGUGGAACUACAUCAAUCAAGAGAAGUGUCCCCCUGAACUGUACAGGAAUCAGUCCGAGGAUGGGAGCUUCAUUUACAAUGCUACAGCUGCACUUGCCUCAAGUUUAUGGAGUGUGGUCACUCUGGGAAUGGCCAGCAAAGGCAAGAAGUCUGAGGUUGACCAGUUUGAGACUCUUUUGGCCAAUCAGAGCUUGCUGUUCACCUUGGUGCUGACCAAUCACUGCACUUGUGAUAAAAGUGUACACAACCCUUAUAGACAAGCUUUGUUCUCAUUCACAGAUUCACAAGAGUCUGGGGCUAUCAAUUUGACACAUUCUGCCUCAACCUUCAAGCUGGACAUGAGCAAAGUGUACCAUGUCCUGUGCCAAACGUUACACGAUGACCAGACCACACUGCUCCUCUAUCUCCUUCUGCACCAGAACCCCAACAUGAAAGCCUUCAUCCUUUCUCGGACCAACAUUGACCUGCUGGUGAUGCCACUUUUGAAGAUACUGUAUGACUCCCAAGAGAAGAGCUCCCAUCACAUCUACAUGGGCUUGAUCAUCCUGUUGAUACUUAGCGAAGACGAAGUCUUUAACAAGGCUGUUCAUGAGAUUAUGGUAAAGAAUGUUCAGUGGUAUAAGGAGCGCCCUCUUUCAGAAAUCUCUCUGGGUGGUUUACUUAUACUCGUGGUGAUUAGGACCAUUCAGUACAACAUGACCAGGAUGAGGGAUAAAUACCUCCACACCAACUGUCUGGCGGCACUGGCCAAUAUGUCUGCCCAGUUCAAUAACCUGAGUGCAUUUGUCUCACAGAAAAUCAUCAAUUUAUUUUCACAACUGUGUAAACGCCAUUCCAAACUAGUGGACCAAAUCAGAGAGUCAGCACUCAGUGGCAACAAUGAUGAACAGACAGACAAUGAACAGCAAGAUUAUCUCCAGGAUCUGUCUGUUCUGGAGGAAGUGCUGCGCAUGGUGCUAGAGAUCAUCAACUCUUGUCUGAGUUCAGGCCUCCAGAGUAAUCCUCACCUGAUCUACUCACUUCUGUACCAGAGGAACUUGUUUAGUGCUUUUAGAGGACAUCCCACGUUUCAGGACAUUAUACAGAAUAUUGACACACUUCUAGCCUUUUUCUCUUCUCGUCUGGAACAUCUUGGCGCCAACCCAUCACCAGGCAGUGUCCUACAGGCAAUCAAAGAUGGAAGUAUGGUCUUCAAAAAAGAAAAACUGAAAAAAUUUCCAGAGCUUAAAUUUAAGUACGUUGAAGAGGAGAGUCCAGAAGAGUUCUUCCUACCGUAUGUUUGGUCCUUGGUGUACCACUCGUCACGUUUAUAUUUCAACGCAAAUAGAAUCUUACUAUUUUCUCUCAACUCUGACAGUGAAAUUAAACAUGUUUAACUGAGCAGCAAAUGUUUACGAAUGUUCCCUUCAUAUCUGGUUUUUACACUGUACCAAACAUUUGAUUCCUUUGAUCUAAGCUUGUAUUGGCUGCUCUUGAUUAAGUCCUUUUAAGACUUGCAGGAAAGAGUUAAUGUGGUGUCAGACUUCCUGUUAGGAAAUUUGAUUUAGGAAAAGAUCCUGCUGUGUAUCAGCUUUGUAAGUUUGGACUGUUUGUGACCUCUAGCAUUGAGUUAUACAUAGUCUUGAUAUAUUUUUAUUGAAUCACAAUUUAUGUUAGUCUGUCAAUGUUCAUUUCUAAUAUGUACAAAUGUGUAUACAGUGAAAUGUGUUUCAAACCCAAGUUGGUUACCUCCCAUCUCAUGGCCAGAAAAUAAGUCCCUGGGAAUCAUAGUGGUCUUAUCCCAUUUGAAAUAACGAAGUAAAAUUUUAAUAUUUAAUUUUAAUUCCAUAUCAGUUUUUGGGUUAUUCCAAUAAAACAUUAAUUGCUUUCAUAAAAUUUGUUUGAUGCAUUUCUGUGUAAUAGUAUAGCACCUUUUCUUUCCACGUCAGCUGAUCAGUAAGUCAAUGUCAUAUAGUCUCUGAAAACAUGUUAUUGGUUGGACCAGCAUUCCUCAACCUAUGGUCCACUGGUGAUAGAUGUGUCAGGUGGUCCACUGAUGAUAGAUGUGUCAGGUGGUCAACUGGUGAUAGAUGUGUCAGGUGGUCCACUGGUGAUAGGUGUGUCAGGUGGUCCACUGAUGAUAGAUGUCUUAGGUGGUCCACUGAUGAUAGAUGUCUUAGGUGGUCCACUGAUAAUAGAUGUCUCAUGUGGUCCACUGAUGAUAGGUGUCUCAGGUGUUUCUAUGAUGAUAGAUGUCUCAGGUGGUCCACUAAUGAUCCAUGUUCCUGGUGGUCAACAUUCAGUGGUGUCUCCAACUGGCCCACAAAAAAUGACCCACAAGUUGACUUACCUACACCCCUCAUGUGUCUAAAUCCUUUGCUCAUCUCAAUAUUGAAUGAAUGUGCCAAGGUUCUGGUACUUUAAUUGUGUAGUGGAAAGCCCCUCCCCCCCCCCUUCCUUCCUACUUUUUCUCCCCAGGACCAAGUCCCCACAUAGAAUUUCUAAGGGGGGUGGGGGAGAUGGAAUGUGUCCUCAGGAGCUCUUUACUUGAUCAUGUUGUCCAUGAACUGGAUCAAGUCCUUCCAAUUAGAUUCUCCAGGACUGCUGUGUUGUUGUUCUUUAGUAUAGUUCAUUUUAAUUCAUUUUAUAUUAUUGUGUAUAAAGUACUUCACUCUAAUGUUUGUGCUGAUGGGUAUUUUUGAUGUAAAAGUUGGGUUUAUUAAUUUAUUUUUGUUUACAGUUAGUAACAGUAAGAGCUCCUGCCAGCACACUGGCAAACACAAAACUUUAUAAACUUGUAACUCAUUUCACAAAAAAUGUAUACCUGAGAGCUGUUUCCAUUAUUUGAGAAAAAGGGAUUCUAUGUUUUUCUGGGGGUUAUUUAUUUUGUUUCUUAGUUUUCUAUUUUUGUCAUGUGGAACCUGAUUUGUGGUACCUAAAGCUGGGUACUUUUUUGUAUAGUGUGAGUUUGUUGUUUUCUAGCUGUGUCAUAUAUCUAUAAAAUACCUGUUGUAACAUAUAUAUAUAUCUAGGUCUAUAAAGUACAUUGGAUCUAUUUAUUGUUUUCCAAUUGUGAUGAAUCUUGAAAGAAACAAAAAAAAUUUUUUUGAAACUGUAAAU